AUGUAUAAAUUCUUAAAAUUAAUUGGAAAAGACACAGAAAAAUAUAAAAAGGUCUCAUUCUUUUGUCUGCAGGGUUAAAUAACCAGCUCUAUGUAAAAAUUCAAGAAAAAUUGUUAGGACUUAUAAAGUUUAUAAAGCAUUAAAAAAAUUUCAUCCAGAAAACUCCAAGGCAAUUGCUUUGAUAAUCAAUUCAACAGGAGGUAGUCUAGCACAUGCCCAUAUCAUAUAAAGAAAAUUUGAUUUAGUUAGAAAAAAGCAUAAUAUCCCAUUGUAUACGUUUGCAGAAGACUAUGCAUUAUCAGGAGCAUUUUAUUUAUUGUGUAUGGGAGAUAAAAUAUUUUGUAACAAGACAUCAAUUGUCGGGGCUGUGGGAACAUAAAUUUAAACCUUAAACAUUCUAAACUUAUUAGAACAUUACAAAUUGGAGGUUCGAACUUUUAAUUCUGGUUCUAAUGAAACAUUUUUAUAAUAAUUAGACCCUUUAAGUAAUAAUACUUCCACAAAUAUAUUGGAAAAUAUUAGUGAAUAAUAAAACCAAUAACUCUAAUUGUAAAUCAGACAGAUGAUUGAAAAUAGGUAAAAUAAAGAAUAAGUGUUAACUGGAUCUAUUUUCAAUGGACAACAGUUAUUUGAGGAUUACAAGUAAAUAGAUUAUGUAUUAAAUAAUAGAUUUAUUGAUGGGAUCGGACAGUAUUUGAAUGUAUUGUCGAAUGAGUAUCCAUAAAAUAAGAUAGAAAAUGCCACUUAGAAAACUUAAAGGGAAAAAAUGAUAGAAUUCUUUGAAAGUAAGUUAAAAUGA